AUGUCUAAUGCAAGUUCCUUGAUUGAAGAUGCCGGCUUGCAGCGGGAAUUGCGCGCCAAAUCCCGCAGCUGGAUUCAUGUCGCUCAAAGUUGGGUCUCUGCACCCAUUGAAAAAGAUCGCCUCUCAAUAGAGGGACUACAAAUUUAUUGUUUGCUUCUUCUCGCUCGCCAGGUGAAUUGUGUCGGAGCAGAUUUAGUCUGGAUCUCAGCUGGCUCAUUGAUGCGCAUGGCGAUACAAAUGGGAUUGCAUCAAGACCCCGACCACCUAGGAGGAAUGGCGCGGCUACAAAAGGAGAUGCGAAGAAGACUUUGGUACACAAUUUUGGAGCUCAAUGUGCAGGCUGCUUUGGACUCAGGCAUGCGUCCCAUGGUCACUGGUGAUGAUUUUAACACCCGGCCGCCUUCAAAUAUCAACGACGAAGAUUUGGACAACGAAAUGCAGCGGGAGUCCUCUAAGGAAAUGUCUUCAACGCCAACGCGGGCUUCAUUCCAGUGUCUAUUGGCCGCAUCCGUGCUUUUAAGGCUGGAGGCUGCUAGGGUCAUCAAUGCGUUGAAGGAGGAGCCUCCAUAUGAUCGCGUUGUUCGUCUCGGAGAGGAGUUAGCGUCGGUUUGUCGCAAUGCGACUGUCUCCAUUAAUCACCACAGGUCGGUUGCCAAGGACCUGUGGCCGACAGAAUUUCCAUAUAGCUGGUGUGACCAUUUUCACCGUCGAUUCCUGUUGUGCCUCCACCUUCCUUAUGCAGUCAAAGCCGCGCACAAUCCGAUAAACAGCUACUCGUCAAAGGCAGGCCUCGAUGCCGCGCUUUAUCUAGUCUCACUGCUUGACGACGAGAUAUACCGUCGCCUACUGCUUGUUGGUGGAGGCAUGUUUCGAGAUAUUUUGACGUCUGGCGCUAUGUUGAUAUUUUUGGAAUUAAUCACACAGCUGGAAAACGAGAGCUCUGCAUUUUUGAAGAAACGCAAUCAGGCACGCAGGGAGCCGCUCUUGGAAGACGCGAGGAACCUCGUUCAGUAUGCCCAGGAUAGACUUUGGUAUGGCGAGACAAACGUGAAGGGCUAUGUGUUUGUGAGUAUGGCUAUGGGCCAAGUGGAUGCCAUGCUCAGCAACUCGUCAACCAAAGAUGCUAUUGUCAAGUCUGCAAGCGAGAGUCUCGUAGUCUGCCAUGACAUACUGAGAUCCACAGCUGCUAACUUACUCUCAAGAGUUACUAUGGAUCCCAAUGUGGCAUGCGGGAUAGGCGAUGACGCAUUGGCAAUCCCCAUUAUUGAUGAUAUCAAUUUCGACUUUAUGAACGAUGGAAACAUGGACUUUGGACUUGCAAGCUCUUGCGUCGCCAUCUUCGAGAUCGGAUCUGCGGUUUGCGGAUCCGCACCUAAUAUGGACGCCCUCAUCGUGGGCCGUGUUCUUUGUGGUAUCGGUGGAUCUGGACUAUACUGUGGUGUGAUCACACUUCUGGCAGCCACCACCACACUACAAGAGCGGCCAAUGUAUGUAGCCAGCACCGGUAUGACUUGGGGUCUCGGCAUGGUCCUCGGCCCAAUUGUGGGAAAAGGCUUCAGCCAGGCUCUGUCGGCUGGCGCAAGCGGGAACAUCAUCGGCUUGUUCGUCUGCUCAGGUGUGCUGUUCAUUUUGCUCCAGCAGGCCUUCACUAUCGGUACCACCGUUACCCGGCGGAUUGUGCCAGUAGAGUUGUUCAAGUCCCGCACGAUGCUCUUCGUUUUUGCCUGCACAUCGGCAGCCGGUACAGCUUGUUUCGUCCCCGUUUACUUCGUUCCACUCUUCUUCCAGUUCACCCGAGGCGAUGGUGCGCUUGACGCCAGUGUUGGGCUGCUGACUUUCAUUACUCCUUGCAUCGUCAUGAUCUGUGUCAAUGUCGGCGUUAUGUCUGCAUAUGGUCUAUAUAUGCCAUGGUACACCAUUGGAGGCGCUCUCGUGCUCACUGGUGGCGCCCUUUUCUACACCGUCGGUGUUGACACAAGCGCUGCCUAUAUCUACGGAUACAGCGUCCUUACCGGCCUUGGCACUGGAAUGUAUCUCCAAGCCUCGUUCUCGGUUGCUCAAGCUUCUGUCGCCCUUGAUAUGGUGGCUAGUGCCUCAAGAUUCAUCACCUGUGCCUUUGGCGAUAGUAGUGCCAACGACCUGGGCUGA